AUGGAUUUGCUACGACUUCUAUUAUGGAAUUGUCGUGGUGCCAGUAAUAACAUUUUUAAAAGGAAUCUUGUGGAAAUUAUCAGGACUCAUAAACCUGAAAUACUUAUCCUCAUGGAGACUAAAGUUCCACUCAGCAGAAUGAGUAAUUUCUUCAAUAGGUUGGGCUUCACAGCUUUAUCCAUAGUCAACCCCAUUGUUAGAGUAGGUGGGAUAUGGAUCAUUUGGGACACAAGCCAGGUUAAUGUUAGGGUCUCCUCUAUCAGCUCUCAGGCUAUCUAUGCUACUAUCUAUAAAGAAGACUAUGAAGAGUGGGUUCUUGCUGCUGUGUAUGCAAGCCCAAAUCCAGCCUUGAGGGACUCUCUGUGGAAUGAUCUGGAGGGAGUGACAGAGAACAUGGAUAAACCUUGGCUUGUAGCAGAUCAUUCACCUCUUGUUGUUUUCACUCAAGGUAUGCACACUCUUACUCCUUCUAAAAGACCUUUUAGGUUUGAGGCAGCCUUGAUGACCCAUCUUGGUCUCAUUGACAUUAUUAAAUCCACCUGGGCUGACAUGCAUAACAAUCUCCUUGAGGCUACUGUUGCUUUCACUAUUAGAGUUAAAGAAUGGAAAAAAGAAGUUUAUGGUAAUAUCUUUAAGAGAAAGAGAUAUCUUCUUGCUAGGAUAGAGAGGACUCAAAGGAAUUUAGCAGUCAGGUUCACUUAUAAUCUUCACCUCCUUGAAAAAGACCUUAUCAAACAAUAUAAUGCUGUUUUGGCUUAG